AGAGAGAGAGAAAGAGAGAGAGUUGGAGAGGAAAGGGGGAAAAAGAAGCAGCACUCUAGUUUGCCAGCGGUCGUACGCGCUUGUCCAACAUUGAAUCGGUUCUCUCGUUUUUUUUUCCCUUUUUUUUUUUUUUCUCAAAUUCUCCUCACCCACCAUGCGUCUUUCUGUCCCUCUCUCUCUUUGAGCCUUACGCAGGGCCCACAGUUCCCAGCGAGCACCAGUACCACUUACUGCUUUGCCAAGGGUUUUUUUUUUUUUUUUUCCCGUCUUUAUUUAGCUUUUUAUUUUUUUUUUAAUUUUCUUUUUUUUUUUUUGUUAUUUUGGAAAGAGCGAAAGAAGCGUGUUUAUUUUUGGUGAUUCGAUUUAUCUCUUUUUUUUUUCCCCUCUAUUUUUCCGAGUCACUUUCUCACUGGCGCUUUGACAUUUUUUUUUUUUUGCUUUUUCGUUUUUCUUUUCUCUUUUUUAAAAUUCCUCCCCCCCUUUACCGCCACCAGCGAUCUUUAGCUGGUGUCGUGCCGUAAUCUUCCCCCUCCCCGUUAGUGAAGUUUUUUUUUUUUUUUGGUUGCACUUUUGUUUUUAACUUGUUUUUUCUUUCUGCAGUUCUUUUUCCAUCCUUUUGCCUUUUCUAUAUCUGUUAAUACACUUUUCUGUUCGGUGCUACUUUCCUUUUCGGGUUUCUCUUAAGCGGGAAAGACGCAGCAAAUAUCUGGAGCGGGAUACUUUUUCACGAUCGACGUGCCGAAUUUAUGAUGAAAGAGCAAAAUGGAUGAAUUCCACCCCUUCAUUGAGGCCCUGCUUCCACAUGUGCGCGCUUUUGCAUACACCUGGUUCAACCUGCAGGCCCGCAAGCGCAAGUACUUCAAGAAGCAUGAGAAACGCAUGACCAAGGAUGAAGAGCGCGCAGUCAAGGACGAGCUACUGGGUGAGAAGCCUGAGGUCAAGCAGAAGUGGGCAUCCCGACUGCUGGCCAAACUGCGCAAGGACAUCCGGCCCGAGUUCCGCGAGGACUUCGUGCUAACCGUCACAGGGAAGAAGCCCCCGUGCUGCGUGCUCUCCAAUCCUGACCAGAAGGGCAAGAUCCGGCGUAUCGACUGCCUGCGGCAGGCCGACAAGGUGUGGCGCCUGGACCUGGUCAUGGUCAUCCUGUUCAAAGGUAGCCCGCUGGAGAGCACAGACGGCGAGCGGCUGGUCAAGUCACCUCAGUGCUCCAACCAUGGCCUCUGCGUGCAGCCGCACCACAUCGGCGUCUCCGUCAAGGAGCUGGACCUCUACCUAGCCUACUUUGUCCACACGCCAGAAUCCGGACAAUCAGACAACUCAAACCAGCAAGGAGAUGCAGACAUCAAGCCGCCACCCAAUGGGCACUUGAGUUUCCAGGACUGCUUCGUGACUUCAGGCGUGUGGAACGUGACCGAGCUUGUCCGCGUGUCACAGACUCCAGUUGCCACGGCGUCCGGCCCCAAUUUCUCACUGGCAGACCUGGAGAGUCCUGGUUACUACAACAUCAACCAGGUGACCUUGGGGCGGCGCUCCAUCACCUCCACCCCAUCCACCAGGACUGAGAUGGAGCUCUAUGCAAGUCUUCCACGGAGUUCCAACAAGCGCAAGUCCAUUGAUGACAGUGAGAUGGAGAGCCCGGUGGAUGAUGUUUUUUACUCCGGCCGCUCGCCUGCGGCCAGCAGUUCCCAGUCCAGUGGCUGGCCAAACGAUGUGGACACAGUGCAGCACCAUUUGGCCAGUGUGCAGGAGAGGAAGAUUAAACAUGAGAACGAUGGCGUGCAGUUUCCAUACCAUGGACUCUCCUCGCCUGGUUCUCUUAAGAAGCCGGGAAAGUUCGAUUUCAGCGCCCUGUCGCCCCCGACGAGGUCGCCCCGCAUGGCGUUCGCCCAGCACCCGCUGCCAAUGCUGGCGGGCGUGAGACCAGGGAGCCCUCGGGCCUCAGCCUCUGCCCUGCAUUUCCCCUCCUCCUCCAUCAUCCAGCAGUCGAGCCCCUACUUCACCCACCCUACCAUCCGCUACCACCACCACCCGGGACAGGACCCCCUCAAGGAGUUUGUGCAGUUCGUCUGUGCUGAUGGCUCCGGACAAGCCGGCGCACAGCCCAACGGGAGCGGCCAGAGCAAAAUGCCGGGCUCCUUCCUGCUGCCGCCACCCCCCCCCGUGGCCCGCCCAGUGCCCCUCCCCAUGCCCGAUCCUAAACCCAGCAGCACGCCCCCUGACGGCGGACUCACCUCGCCCGCAUCUCCGUCAUACUCCACGCCAGGCCCCACAGCUGCCAACAGGUUUGUCGGCAUCGGAUCACGGGACAACUUUCUGAACAUCUCCCAGCAGACCCAGUCUUGGUUCCUCUGACAAGAGCUGGUUUGAAAUAAUUGACUAGAAUUCUGUCACUGAAAUCAAGAAUUUAAAAACCAACAGGAAAAUUUCCCACAAUCUCUAACUUAUCUCAAAAUAAGAAAAAAUGAAUUUUUCAUAUAUUAUAAAGGAAUAAUCACAUCACCGCAAGUCAGAUAUUUACAAAUAAGUGCUUUGAGAAAUCGUGAUUGGGAUGAGGAAGAGGAAGAUGAAGAGUCAUCGCUGAACCACUGAAAGCAGCUCCAGAAAAAUAAAAAUCAACCCCAACACAAUAGGUUCGCCUUGAUUGAUAAAGAGACAUCAUUCAAAUGAUUAAUAUCUUUUUCCCAGUGGAUGAAAAGCGAUGAAUUUAUGGAAGGACAAAUGAGAAAUGAAAUAAUUAUUCCAGGCCAUUUUGUGACCCAGAACCUUUUGAACUUUCACGCCCUGACCUGUCCGCAUGGCUGUAGAGAAUGAAUAGGACAUCCAUCUCACUCUACUGCUGCUCUCACGGUGUCUUCAUUCUCUCGUAUUCCACGUGCAAGCGUUUUUGACUGCUGUCUGCGUGCCCUUCAGAAAAGGACCGGCCGACUUUGGAUUGCUCCGUCGUAAAGAGACGACGACGGCUAAAACAACCAGGACUGCGCCACGCCUUGCGUUCAGCAUAUCGUUGUGCAACAGACUGCAGAAAUGUUAACACUGUGCAAUCUCAUGGACAUGCACCGUUGGAAUAAAGGAGGGGCCUCACGCAUCCACGAGGAGUGAAAACUGUGAUCAAAUGAAUACGUGAUCAAAAAAGAGUGAGCACAGAGAGACAUCUUGGCUUCUCCCAGAAGCUCCCUGAACCGCCCCUGACGCAACAAGCAGUGUGGCCAUGGCUGCAUCCCGCCAAUGCUCUCCUCUGAUCUUCCAUAUGACAACAGUCAACCGGCAGACUUCGUCGUGGCCCUGCCGAGAAGAACACGCUCGCGACCCCUCACAUUCCCCGCCUCAUCUGCCUUGUGAGGACAAGAUCUCUGCGCCAGACAGCAAACGGCAAACAUGGAAUACGCAGCGCCUCUCGAAGCUGUGCGUCUCCUUCCACGCGCGCUCCUUUUAGCCAGAUGUCCGAAACUGUGGCCCCACCGCCGCAUGUGGAGGGGAACCAAGAGCCUGUGUGUACAUAUCCAGCCGAAGUUACGUUUAGCGUACCUGUACAUAUAACGCUGAUGAGUUCUAGAUCAUGCUAUCCAUGAGAACCCAAACUGGAACGCCACGCACAGAUUAUAUUGGAAUGAAAAACAACCCAUGAAUGAAACAUCUGUUUAUCGACAUUUAGCGGAAUCUUUUUUCGUUAGUACUUUUUUUUUUCUUUUUUACUUUUUGUAUUUAUUUUCACGCUACGUUAAGAUUUUUUUCUUUUUUUUGGUUUCCUUUGAUUUCUGUUUUUUCUUAUUCUUUUGCACUAGACCUUUUUUUUUUUCUUUUAAAGAAAGCAUUACUAAGAGCUGAUUUCGGAAACCAAUCUUAACUCUUCUAGGUGACACUAUACAGACACUCAUCUCAGACUUCUCCAGUGCAAGCAGCUGUAUUUCACAGCGUAGCCUGCGGCUGGAGGGCGAACGGCCAGGGCCGAGUUACAAAGGGCGAAGGUCAAGGAAGUCAUCUAGUUGUACUGACUGGCGUGAGUGGUAGGGUGUAGACAGAGCUGCUGGAGGAACAUUUGAUGAGUUUAACUGUACAUUUGAUGUGUAGCUUACAGAGCAGCGAGGGAACUGGAGACCCCCGCACUAACUCUCGCACUACUCCAUAAGGUAUGCAGCCAUGUUUACAUUCCCAGAGAGCCCUGCGAACCAAAAGAACAUCUGCGCUGAUUUAAACUGGUGUCUCGGGGCUGCUGUCCUCAGAUGGAUUCCAGGCUUUCAGUAAGACUCUCCAUAUAAGGAGCCACUAGUGACAGUUUGACUCUUUGGCCAUUAGAAAGAGGAAAGAGGCAGCAGACCACCCUAAGCGCUAUCUCGGUAUCGUGCCCGAGAUAGCGAGCUUUUCCCAGAGACGCGCGUCUCCCACACUGGUUCCUUGCUCUCUCACCCUCGGACGUAGCGUAGCGUAGACCGAGCCCAGGCUGCUCUACGCACCACGCGUAGAGUCACCGCAGGUGCCAACACUCAGAAACGCCCGAGUCGCUGCCUUGGCUUUCGAUCCCCUCAACAGCCUUGUCCUCUUUUUCUCUCGUAUCUUCCCAACUUGGUUCCUAAUCUGAGAUAAAUAUUUGUACAUACUUCAGAGAAAACAUCAAACCACUGACCUCACAAAAUAACUGGACUGCCUAGCUGUGGUUUUCGUCGCAGGGACAGACACUUAGCUGGGCGACAGCCUCCACCUCGGCUCCACAGAAAGCUAGCAGCACCAAGGCCGCAUCAGGAUGGUGCUCGUGUUUCUUUAGUCAUCCGUGGAAGUGCCUCCAUGUUCCCGUUAUGCAAUUUGUUCCAGUGAAUUCAGGUUCUUUCUUUCACAUAUAAGCUACAGAGAAUGGUGAUCGUUACGAGGAUCGUCGGUGACAAGUAGCAGAUCACUCAAAGAGAUUGCAAGCAUGUUCUGUAAUAUAUAUAUUAUACGCAUAUAUAAUAUAAUAUAUAUAUUAUACACACAUAUUAUGCACAUGUAUUUAUGAAUAUAUAAUUUUUCUUAUUUGCAAAUAAGCUUUUAGGCAGUCUAGUUAUUUUUGAAGCCUGGCCCUGUCAUUGGUACACUUUAAACAGUAGCCUAUACUAAGUUCAUGAAUAUUCUCAGUCCGCAAAAUGCACCGCUGCAAUAUCGAGACAAAUUACAGAAGUCCUUCACAGAAAUUCCUUUUUAAGAAAAAAAGUGGCAAUAGUUUUGAGUUCAAAGGAACAGCCUGCUUUUCUUGUUGCUUUUGGGUGGAGUGUGUUACAGAGAAUUAAUGAUGACUGAGCCUUGUGCAAUGCAGUGCUUAGGUAAUUGUGUCUGUCUGUUAGAGACUGCUAAGAGCAUUAAGAAAAAGGAGGGAAAUGAAAGUUUUUUUUCUUUUUUUUUUUUUUCAGUCCACCAGUUCUGGGACUCUAAAUAUAAGGGCAAAAAUCCUGGUCUUUGUAAGUUUGGGGAAGUUGUUUUUAUUGAGUUUUUCUUUGACCUUUUCUUAUGUUUUAUUUGUAAUGAUUUGUUUUUAAACAGUGGAGGGCUGAAGGAACAAUUAUGCAGAAUGUCAAGAUAAGUGAUUUACUAAUGAAACUGGUGCUUACCAUUUAAAGUACAUUUAAACUGUAUUACACAUAAAAAAUUAUUAAGAAAAUUAAGUGUCAUAAAGCACCUGUUAGGAAAAACAGCAUUUUCUCCUAUUUCUCUUUGUGUAUUUACCAAGAUGGGGGGGUAUUUUAUUGAAGGUUGUGACAAAAGGCAUUUUUCCUCAACCUUUACCCCAUUUAGGAGGGAUGACAGGCAAAAAAAAAAACGAGGAAACCACCGAAAACCGAUGAACACAAAACUCCGCGCAGCGUUCUGUUAUUGGGGCUGCAUGUUGGGCCCAACUAUCACAAGAAGACGGAGCCCCCUUUCCUGACCGCGAUGACCGCAAAUGAACUUUUCCUCGGAGGGGGCAUAAUUUAGUCCGAGGCAGUCCAAAAGCCAUGCAUGUGACAUCCUGAGCAGAGUACAGACACAACCGUCCUUGUAGACUGUCACACGCCUGUGGACCGAGAGGCACAGCCUUCCGUGUACCAGAGGAGCAGUUAGAAAGGAGCGGCGUAGACCGGUGAGGGAGACCAGGACCGUGGGGCUCGAAUGGCAGCUCUUCAGUGGUUUCUUCUCUCUUCUCUCAAAGAGCCCAGCACAGGUGGAACACACACCAAUACCGAUGACUUUCAAAAGCACCGAGAGAUUCGUCAGCGAAAACCAUUACGCUCAUUAAUUAGCUCACGCAUUUGUAGACUUGGAGCAUUUAAAGGUUGUCCCUAAAAAGUGCCUUUUGUCUACAGACUCCCACUUGUAAUCCAGAGUGCCCUUCACAGUUAAGUCUCCUCCAUCUUCCUCCUCCUGUGUGCUCCUCUUCUGGCUUCUCACAGCCACAGUAUAUAUAGUACAGAAGACAACUGGUGUGAUUUAGCGCUUCUUUUUAUUGUUAAAUGAUUAAAGAAAUAGAAAAGGCAAAAAAAAAAAUAUUUCCUUCUCUGUUGCUUUCUCUCUCUGUCUGUCCUUUGUCCUUGGACACUGGAGUAGUCUAGCCGCCCGUCUGUUCCCGAACCCCAGCCCCCAUCCCCUUGCCUUCUCUGAGGGAAAGGUUUAUUAAAAAAAAAUUGCAAAAACUUUUGUCUGAGCAGAAUGCAGUUAGCUCACAUGUUAUUCUUGUCUGUACUCUUCACAAUGUAUACCAUACCGAUCUCUUCAGCUUCUCCAUUGAACAGCUAAUGUAAGUGAACAAGUUACGCCAGCGGGCUCUUCGGGGGUGUGGUUUAGGGAAGCUCUGUGAUGGUCUUUUUUUGGGGGUGUGGGGGGGCAUAGAGGUUACGAGGAUAUGAUUUGUAUUUGACAUGACAAGACAUAGGAACUUCUUUUCAGCCGAGAAGAAAGGGUUACUGGGUAUUAGAAUGAGAAUUUUUGUUUUAAACUAUUUAUUUUACUUUUUUACUAAAUUUGGUUUUGCCUUGAUAUUUUUAUUGUUGAAUAUUUUAAAAAAAUAAGAAGCAAGAUGUUAUAUUGAAAACUGAGAUAUACUGAGAAUUUUAAGUGGCUAAUAAAAUGCACCUUUUCAGUGGUUGUACGUGACCAGCUGUUUUAAUAAUCAAAAUGAUAUAUAUAAAAAAAAAAAAAACUUUUUGAGAAAACUCAAAGCACCUUAUUACAGACUGAGUCCAUGCAAUCCUGGGCGGCACAGCUUCCAUUCACAGAAAUGAUCAAACAUCCAGUGAAAUUAGCACGUGUACAAUGCAUGUCAAAAACUGAAUUCUCGUUAAAAACAGUACUUAUCGCAUGACUUCUUAGCUAAACGAUGUCAUGAGUGAUCAGUUCGUCAGUUCAUUUUACCUUCUUUGAAGCAUCUCAUGUCCAAGGUGCGUCCGGCGCCCAGCAGGCCAUUUGACCAUGUUUGGCGAGUCGAUCUGAUGCUUAGCGAUGACAAAUGACCGCCUUUUUAAAAAAGGUUCCUGACUCCUGGACCGUAAGAAUGGGGCAGUCCUCGCGUUGCAUGGACCAGCCGUGAUUUCUCUUGUUUUUCUUUUUGUUUUUUGUUUGGUUUUGUUUUGUUUUAUUUUUAAAGUGUUGUUGCACCGCUAGGGCACAGCCCCAGGUAGGCCCACCCACCCACUGUGACCACAGCGUUCGCGUCCCAGACUU